AUGGCCAAUCGUCUCCCCGAGCCUGCUUCGGCAGACAAGGGUAUCCCAGUCCUCAUCCCCCCCAUCCAUAUUGGAAGCCGAAUAGAGCCUCCAGGGCUCUGGGCUCAGAGAAUUCGUGAGCUUCCAUACCGACGUUCUCGCCGGGGAUCGACCCCUACCCUCCGAUACCUUAUCCAGCUCCCACCACAUCGGGAGCCAUCCUGGCGUUCACACCGUCAUUGGACCAAUUCUACCGAGGACGGUAUGAUAUCAGAUCGCACUGAAAACAUCGAGGCCGCUCUCAUGCAGGUAGUUGGGACUGUGAUGGAGGUUCAGUGUGUGCCAUGUCAAGAAGGGUGCGGGCCGUUCACACAUUGUGUGACCGUCGUAGGAGCGGAGGAAGUGACUUGCUGCGCCAAUUGCCACUUUCGAUCCCAGGAUACUCGUUGUCGAUGGCCAAGUCCGACCCCACCGCCCAUUUCCCAGCCCGCUUCUUCGAAUCGACGAGUUCCCUUAAGCCCUAUCGACAACCGACAAGCGCAGGCCGGUGCCCAAUCCACGGGUCAGGCCGGUGCCCCAGCCCUGCCACAAGUCUUCACUCGUCUAGAUUUGAUACCGAUACAACAAAACAUUACUCAGGCCGCAAGGCUGAGAGAGCAGGUAGAGCGAGCACGUCAGCGUGUUCAACAAUCGCAUGAGUCGGUCGAGACCUAUCUACAAACAGCAAUCGACACCAUGAACAUUCUACAGGACUACAUCACCCAAGCCCAGGGGACAGAUAGGACCCGAUCAACUGCAGUACUAAGCACUCUACCCGGAUACAUCAACUUAACAAUGCAGAAUCUGACCGCAGCCCACCGUCACCAGAGUGCCCUUUCGCAAACCCUUAGCGCGCUGAAUAUAGCCCAAGCUCGUCUAGACCAAGCUCAGAUUGAGGUGAUCAAUGCUCUUCUGGCGCUCCUAGGCGAUCUCGUUACACGCCCCGAUACACCUGUCUAA